CUCAACGGCGAAGAUGGAUAUCAAUGGUUUGACCGUUACUUUAAUCCUGUUGUUUGCGGUAGUAAAAGUGUUUUAGUUAGAUACUUUCUGACACACUAACAUACGGUCUUUUCAUUGUGAAAAGACCGUACGUGGCACUUCAGCUUUGCUUUGUUUACACUGCAGCAUAUGGUUAACAACGUAUGUUAGUUUCUUUAUAGUUGUAAUGAUGGAAGCACAAUGCGAGUAUUUCAUGUAUUUCCCUGCCGCUCCAAUAUCGAGUCUGUCAGACCCGGCAAAGUACACAACUCUUCCGCGGCGAAAGCACGUCUACCUCGGGGAGGUCGUGCAGUUCCUGCUGGUCCUGCGGUCCCGGAACGCGGCGGUGAGAGAUGACAGCUCCGGUGUUUUACCUUGGAAGGACCUGGUGGGUUCUCUGUCUGCUCUGGCAAGUGUGUGUGUCGCAGAGAGCCGGCAGCAGGGACACAGUGAGUACCAGCCCGACAUCCAGAGCACCUGCAGCGAAGAAAGCGGGGAAGAGGAGUCCGUAGAGAGAGAAUCUGGAGGACCGGACAGUAACCGCACUUUCAUACAGUGCAACCCGCAUCUCACUCACAACAGCUCGGCCAGAGAUGGGCGACACUCUGGGAGGGAACCGGUGAAGUCUUCUGUGGUGUUGGACGACCAGGUUAUCUUCUGUCUCACCGUCUCUUUGGACAAGCUGCCAGUCAACACACUUAAAGCCAAGAUCAUAGUGACUGUGUGGAGGCACGACGAGGAAAAGGUGGAGGUGAGGGAACAUGGCUACCUGACCCUUCUGCAGCUCAGGAGUCCAAUAGAAACCUUCAAACGGGACCUCAGCACCUUCAAGGCGCAGGUCAGCACCAUCCUGAAUGUUCUUCCACCUCCCAGUGUCCAGUGUCAGCACAUGGCUGUCUCUGGAAAGCACCUGACUCUCCUCAAAGUAUUGAACUGCAGCUCUCAGGAUGAGGUGUGUGUCAGUGAUGUGAAGAUCAUCCCGAACUAUAACUCGUCCUACCUCCCCAUGAUGCCAGAUGGUUCCGUUCUCAUAGUCGACAAUGUCUGCCACCAAUCAGCUGAACUCACUGUGGCUUCAUUCUAUCGGAUAGAUAGCGGGUCAUCACGUUUACCCAGCAUGCUCAGCGCUCUGGAGGAACAAAACUUCCUGUUCCAGCUGCAGCUACAAGACAAAGCAGAGGAGGACUCCAGUGAGGGUUUGGAAGUCCCGUUGGUGGCGGUGUUACAAUGGUACACUCCAACAUUGCCUUUAACAAGAUACAUCUCUAGUUGUUACUCGUUACCCAGUAUCCGCUUGGAUCGUCCCAGGCUGGUGAUGACAGCUUCCUGUCCGAGGGCCGUCAGGCCUCUGGAGCACUUCUGGGUCAAAUACACCCUGCUUAACAACUUGCAAGACUUCCUGGCCGUCCGUCUGAUCUGGAAUUCUGACGCUGAUAGAGGAGGCCGGCAGGACCACAGUGUGGGGGCAGUGGUGUGCCAGUCCCCCCUCAACAACCUGGGACAGUGUAGGAAGGGCUCCACCGUCUCCUUCACCGUGGCCUUCCAGAUCCUCAGGACUGGACUCUUUGAGUUGAGCCAGCACAUGAAGCUGAAGCUCCAGUUCACAGCCUCAGUGUCCACUCCUCCUGUGGAGUCUCGCUCACCGCUGAGGAACUCUCCGUCUUCCAGCCCCACGGUCAGAGAGCUGCUGGAGAGACAGAGCCUGGGCCGAUCUCAGAGCUUCUCCCACCAGCAACCGACCAGGUCACACCACGUCAGGUCAGGCAGUGUGAUGGAGCAUCGGGCCAUCACCCCUCCUAUAGGACCUCCAAUGGGCAGAGCUCUGUACCUGCCCCCCGACCACUCCCUCAUUCCACUGGACAAAAUAGCCAAGAGAGAGUGUAAGGUGUUAGUGCUGGAACCAAUGCAAGAGGCACACUGCAGAUGACCCGGAGAGGAAGGUUUUACUGCAGACACGAACAUUAGUGUAUGGUCCCUCUGUCAAGCCCCCGCACAGACUCAUCCUCUGCCUGAAGGCGACAAGACGUAGACAGAGUGAUGGAAGGAGGAGCAGAGAGGAGUGGGUGACUGUCCAGAGAGGAGAGGUGGUGCUGGAGAGAUGACGGGGAGAGAGGUGAUGCUGGGGAGAGAGGUGGUGCUGGAGAGAU